AUGGAGGACGUUAGCAAAGUUAAACCGUAUAUCAAGAAUCUGAAUAAUCAACUAGACUUGCUCGAGGCGGAUUUGCAAAAAUUCAGUUCGAAAUCGUUGAACGAACAACUAUUGUUGUUGACCGAUGAACGCGAAAAACUGGAAUUAUCCAACAAAUACGCAUAUACACUGUCGUCGUUGUUAUUUGCAUACAUGAAAGUACUGGACGUAAAGGAUUUGGGGCCCGUGAUGACAGAACUAGACCGUGUCAAACAGUAUAUGAACACGGCCAAAAAACUCGAUGCUCGUAAAGCAGAUCAGGACACUCGUAAGGAAAAACAACAAGAAGAUGCUAGGACCACCAUGUCUAGGGCUUUACAAGGUCGUAGAAACGAACCCGCUAUCAGUAGGGUGAACUUUCAAGGAAAACACACUCGAUUUGAGGCUGACGGGGAGGGUUCUAAAGGAGUAUAA